GCGCGCGCCCCGGAGGCGAUUGCCGGGGCCCGGCUGGAGCAUCUCAGUCCGGGAGCCCCUCGCCGAGGGCCUGGGAGCCCCAGGAGCAGCCCCCGCGCACGCCGAGCUCCGAGCUUCCCCGGCGGAGAUCUAGGGAGCGAUGGCCGGACUGCGCGUCCUCUUGUGCCUCGGAGCGCUGCUGGCCCGCCGGGGCUCGGCAGAACCAGGGGCCGUGGUCAUCGGCGAAAUCCAUGAAGACGUCACUCUUCGCUGUGGCAACGUGUCAGGAUCCAGGGGCCCGGUGACCUGGUACCGGAAUGACUCCCAGCCCGUCUUCCUGCUCUCCUCCAACUCCAGCCUCCCGGCAGCCUCGCCUCGGUUCUCCCUGGAGGAUGCAGGCGCCCUGCACAUUGAGGCGCUGAGUCUGGAGGAUGCCGGCGGUUACACCUGCCAGGAGGAUCGGAACGAGACCCGCUGGUUCCCUGUGUGGCUGCGGGUGGCCAGUGGUCCCACCCACAUUGACGUUAACAUCUCGGCCACCGGCGCCCUCCCCAACGGCACCCUGUAUGCAGCCAAGGGCUCCCAGGUGGACUUUGGCUGCCACAGCUCCGCACAGCCCCCACCAGAGGUGGAGUGGUGGCUCCAGGCCCACAGCGAGCCUGAGUCCUUCGGCAGGAACCUGUCCGCCAACAGCUUCGCGCUGCUGCUGAUGUCACAGAACCUUCAAGGCAACUACACCUGCUCGGCCACCAACGUGCUGAGCGGGAGGCAGCGAAAGGUGACCACCGAGCUCCUGGUCUACUGGCCCCCUUCAUCAGCACCUCAGUGCUCAGUGGAGGUGUCUUCUUCAGAAUCGGCCACCCUGGAACUCACCUGUAAUUGGGAUGGGGGAUACCCUGACCCGACCUUCUUGUGGACUGAAGAACCUGGAGGAAUGAUCAUGGGGCAUUCCAGGCAGCAGACGCUGAGCCCGUCACAGCUGUCAGAGGGCAAGAAGUUCAAAUGCGUUGGGAGCCACAUAGUGGGACCAGAGUUGGGAGCCAGCUGCGUGGUACAGAUCUCGAGCCCCUUACUUUCGUCUCAGCCCAUGAAAACGUGCUUCUUGGGGGGCAACGUGACCCUCACCUGCCAAGUGACAGGAGCCAACCCCCCGGCCAGGAUCCAGUGGCUGAGGAACCUCACUCAGCCAGAGGUGACCAUCCAGCCUGGCAGCCGCUAUGCCAUUACCCAGCAAGGCCAGAGCUCCUCCCUGACCAUCCACAACUGCUCUCAGGACCUGGACGGAGGCUUUUACUUCUGCCGGGCCGAGAACCCCGUGGGGGUGAAGGCGGUAGAUAUCUGGCUGAGUGUGAAAGAACCUCUGAACAUUGGGGGCAUCGUGGGCACUGUGGUGAGCCUCCUCCUGCUGGGACUGGCCAUUGUUUCAGGGCUUAUGCUGUAUUACAGCCCCGUGUUCUGCUGGAAAGCAGGGAGCACUUUCAGGAGACAGGACAUGGGUGAUGUCAUGGUUUUGGUGGAUUCAGAAGAGGAGGAGGAAGUAGAGGAAGAAGGGGACAAGGAAGAUGUUGCCGAAGAGGUGGAUCAGGAGACAAACGAGAGAGAGGAGAUGCCGAAAGAAAUAAGCAAGCAUGGACACAUCCACAGAGUGACUGCUCUGGUCAAUGGGAACUUAGACCUCAUGGGGAAUGGACUCCAGGAGCUCCAGGAUGACAGUGAUGAACAGCAAAGUGACAUUGUUCAAGAGGAAGACAAGCCACUUUGAUGAACAGGAUUGUCCACUGUCCGUGUGUCUUGCAAGUUCAUUCAGUUGUGACUGCCCCCUCUCAUUCUGCCCCAGGGAGCUUGCGUUAGGGACAGCUGGGGUCUGCCAGUACAAGCACUCAUCUCUCCUUCCAUCUUUCAGUGAUUUCAUUCGGUGUGAGUUACCCCGUAGGGUGGUGUGUGAUGCACUGGGAAGGAGCAGCUGGUGUGGGACAAAGCUGAGGUGCUGUGAGGGGCCGCUCUGCUAUGGCACCUGGCGUUACCCAGGUUGAUGUACUGUGGCAGACACUGACGGGGUGGGGGAGCACUUGGUUCCUAUGCGCUGUACGACUAGUCAGGGUUUGCAGCCAGCUUGCCCAGUGUGAAUACAGAGGUAGGGCUUUUAUCACUGGUGAGGUGAGGAGCCAGGCACCUUCCUGACAGGGGAAGGUAUCCUUUUCCAGAAGUCUUUUGGAUUGGGCUUGGUCAUCACACUGAGGCUUCAAUUCUUUCUUGUUGCUUUGCCUCUGUUUCCCCAUCUAGAACACCCAAGAAACAACACCAAUCUUCCAAGCUCCUGAGAAACGAAGGAGGUAGUUCAGGGUGUAAGAGUGCCAAGGGAGGGCCUUCACAGAGCUGCUGCAGGGGCCUUCUUUGUAGACUGAGUUGGCUCCACCCACUCCAACUAUUCUUUUGUCCCCUAGAGAGGGAUGCACCUUUCCUUAUAAAGCCUCACUGUGUACAGAGCACAGCCUCCUAAAUGAUGGACCUUGGGUCAACUUUCAGCUGCUCUUUCCUCAUGUCUCCUGUGCUAUGCAAGAGAAACAUUUCCUCACAUGAACUGGACACAGUUCACUUAACCUCAAUAUUUGUGUCUUGGAAUUGGAAAUAUGUGUUUCCAUCCUACUUUUACCAGGAUGAUGUGCUGAUUAAGGACAGUAAAUUUCAAAAGAAAAUAGUGGAUGAUGACUUUGGCUUGGGACAGCUAGGCUCUGGAGAUUUUUUUUUUUAUUUUUUAUUUCAUCUGUAUAUUCUGAAGUCAGGGAUCUUCUAAGGGUGCAAUAGGUAUGUGCUAGCCAUCAACAUCUGACUUGAAAUUUGCACUCAUCCUGCUCUCGGGACAAGAUCUAGGGCUUUAAGGACUUUCUAACACAGGGGCCCAAGAGUCCUGAGGAGCUGGUUAGCAGCACCUGCAAGGUGUGGGAGGGGGUAUCUGUUCUCUUUGAAUGCAGGGACUAAAGUGAAGAAACCAUGGCCAGUGUGGCCCGUCCUGAGCACAGGGUAUGGGAGAGUCUAGCUGGCUAUGAAUUUGAGCCCUUGGGAAGUGCAGUUCUCUUGGAUCACUCCAGUCUGUGUCAUUUCACAAUGGGACACCCAGCUUGCCUUCAGUCCUGGGAGCUGGCCUUUCCUUUGAGGCCUGGUGACAAGAGUUCGUGAGUUUGUGUGCAACCCAGAGGCAAAUUUAAAAGAGAACAGGGGGAGUUGAUAGCUGGGACCACAGUGAAUGUUUUGUGAGAUCACUGGGUGUUCCCCACAGCUUCCUCUUCUGCACACACCUGGCAAUAGGAAAUAUUUGAGGGUUUUUCCACUAGCAAAUGGGAGCUUCAAGGGCUUGGUGCCAAAUGCUGUUCUGAAGCCCCGACCAGCUAUUGUUGUCACUUUUAUUAGCCAUUUAUAGAAUGGUAGUUCAGUUAAGAACUCAGGCACUAAAGGGCUUCAUGUUUUAGUGAUCUGUGCAAAACUGGAGCCCUCAUGCCCUUCUUUCCCUUAAUGCAAUCCACACCCAGAUCUCAAAGCAUAUGGACAAUGGGUUACGGACGUUAUAUGGGAAAGUCCAAUUUGUGCAUUGAUUUUUUUUUUUAAAUCUUAUCUGCAUGUAUUAGUUAACUUAUGAGACCCAAUUGUCAGAACCUGGAAGAAAAACACUUCAUGGUUGCUUUAAUCUUGAUUUCCCUCAAAACACAGUAGAAGUGGGAGAGGGGCUCUACAACCCUGUGGCUUUAGCGUUAGCUCCAUUUUUCACACUCUAGGGGAAGCACAUAGGAAAAGUGUCACCACUGGGUACAACUUUGUACGUUAAGUGCCAAUCAAAUUUCUCACCACAGGACUGGAUACCAGCUGCUGCAGAGAAAAGCUGCAGAUGGUUCUAUGUGAUUGACCUUACCAUUCGAAAGGGGAAAUUGGGAGAAAUUAGUUCUAAGGUUAGGAAUUUUUAAAAGACUUUGGAAUAAAGUUAUUUUUAAACAUA